AGCUUUCCGAAAAUAUUUUUGUACUAUUCCAGAUGUCACUUUAUAUAAGGAGCGCUCUCUUACAGGUUUUUCUCUCUAUUUUUCUCUGCAAAAUUGCAAAUACACACACAUACGAAGAAAAACAAGAAGCUAAGCUCAAAAUUCAAACACAUUUUGUCAAUACCGAGAAUCAAUGGACUUUAAUUGAGCUCAGAUCAGUUCAUUCAUGUCUCAAAACUUUUGGAGAGAGGGCAUUGUUGAAUGUUUGGGUCCUCGUGGUGGACUUGUGACGGGUACAGAAAUGUUCUGUUGUUGUUCAGUCCUUCACAAUCAAGGAUAAACUGCUACCACUUUUUUCUUUCAUAGCAGUUUUUUUUUAAAGCUUAUUAUGGAAGGAGGAGGAGAAAUUAGAAGUACCAGUGAAUUGGAUGAUGAUGAUGGUGCAGAGGUUAAUGAUUCAGAUUUUGCCUUGAACCGAAGAGACGAAGAUGGAGACGACAUUGCAGGUGAAGAUGAAGAUGAAGAUGGGGAUGGUGCUUAUACUUUCGAAUUCAAUGGCGAUAUGGAUCCUUUGGCUUUCACGGAAGACGAUGCUUGUGGUGUUCAGCCUUAUGAGCAAUUUGAGCGUAUGGAGCAUGAGUACGAAGCUCUGGCUGAAAAAAAGCGAAAGGCACUCGCUGAGCAUCCUCCUCCUCCCCACAGGUUUAAGACUCUAAGGUUCGACUCCUCCUGGGUGCAAACAAUUCAUUUGGUGGGGGGUGGUUGGCAGGGUGGAAGCCCAACUAAGAAGUCAAGGCUAGAGGAUGGCGUUGGAGCAAGCUUUGAAGAAAUAAUGGAAGCCAUGAACUUUGGUACGCGGAGAAAAUCAAGGAAGGUCAAGAAGAGAGGUAGGCGGAAGGGAUCAAAGAAUAAACUUAGUCCAGAGGUGUCACAAAAGCUUGGUGAUGCUACACUUCAUUAUGCACAUGGCCGCUAUGAAGAGGCCAUAUGUUUGUUGAAAGAAGUUGUUCUGCUCUCACCAAAUUCACCUGAUCCAUAUCAUACUCUUGGCCUUGUAUAUAAUGCAAUUGGUGAUAGAAAGAAAGCCUUGAAUUUCUACAUGCUUGCCGCACAUUUGACACCAAAGGAUCCAUCUCUAUGGAAACUUCUUGUCACCUGGUCCAUAGAGCAAGGCAAUACUGGACAAGCCAGAUACUGCCUUUCCAAAGCAAUAACAGCGGAUCCUGAAGAUGUUAGUCUCAAAUUCAAUCGGGCUUCACUUUAUGUGGAGCUGGGAGAUAAUCAGAAAGCUGCUGAAUCAUAUGAGCAAAUCUCACGUCUCUGCCCUGAGAAUAUUGAAGCACUGAAGACAGCAGUGAUGUUCUACAAAAAAUGUGGCCAGCAUGAGCGUUCUGUCAGUGUUCUGGAGUACCAUCUUAAACAUCAUCCAAAUGAAGCCAAUUUUAGUGUGGUUGAUCUUUUAGCUGCAAUAUGCAUGGAAGAAAAUGCACACAUCAAAGCUCUUCAGCACAUUGAGCAUGCACGACUGGUUUUGUGUGCUGGGAAAGAAUUACCAUUACUUUUAAGAAUCAAAGAAGGAAUAUGUUAUGUUCAUCUUGGACAUAUGGAAAGGGCAGAGGCUAUAUUCAGUAUUUUGCAACGGGAGAAUGUAUUUGAUAAUCAUAACUUAAUUACUGCAGUUGCAGACUCCUUAAUCAGUCUUGGGCAUUAUGAAUCGGCAUUGAAAUACUAUAUGAUUUUAGAAGGAAAUGGUGAAGCUGACAAUGGUUUUCUGCAUUUGAAAAUUGCCCAAUGUAACUUAUUCCUGAAUGAAAGGUUACGAGCAAUUGAACACUUCCGCAAAGCUUUACAUACACUUCAAGACAAUGUUGAUGCUCGGAUAACUCUUGCUUCGCUUCUUCUUGACGAAGAUAAAGAAGAUGAAGCCAUAUUCGUUCUUUCUCCUCCUUGUUCUGAAUCAACCCUUGACCCAAAUUCUGAUAAAUCUGUACCUUGGUGGCUUAAUGGGAAAAUAAAACUAAAGCUUUGUCAGAUUUAUAAAGCUAAAGGGUUGCAAGAGGCCUUCAUUGAUGCUAUCUUACCCUUGGUUCGCGAGUCAUUGUUUCUUCAGACAUUUCGGCAAAAGGUUGGAGUGAGGAAGAGGCUCUCGAGAAGUGUCCUUUUUGAAAGAGUGAAGGUAUUAGACGAUCACCAAGUCGAUAAUGUAUUUCACGGUUUCAGGCCUGUAGCAUCAACGUCAGAUCUGUCGAAAGCUGCCAGAGCAAAGAAAUUGCUUCAAAAGAAGGCAACAUUAAAGGAAGCAAGAAAAGCUGCAGCAUUGGUUGCUGGAAUUAAUUGGAAAAGUGACGAUUCAGAUGAUGAUUCGCCGCAAAUGCUGAAGAAGAUUCCCUUGCCUAAUCUCCUGAAAGACGAGGAGCAUUAUUGUCUCAUUAUUGAUUUAUGCAAGGCAUUGGCAUUCUCACAAAGAUAUUGGGAAGCAUUAGAGAUUAUCAAUCUCACCUUGAAAUUGGCGUACAACACACUUGUUGUGGAGAAGAAAGAGGAACUUCGAUCCCUUGGAGCUCAAAUGGCAUACAAUACUACUGAUCCUACGCAUGGGUGGGACUGUGCAAGGUACAUUGUUAAUCAGCAUCCAUACAGCUUUGCCGCAUGGAAUUGCUACUACAAAGUAAUAUCAAGACUGGAGAGUCGGUGUUCGAAGAAGCAUAACAAAUUUCUGCAUGUUAUGCGUGUCAGACAUAAAGAUUGUAUACCACCAAUUGUCAUUUUCGGGCAUCAGCUUACCAUGAUUAGCCAACAUCAGGCAGCUGCAAGAGAAUACUUAGAGGCUUAUAAAUUGAUGAAAGAUUGUCCACUAAUCAAUCUCUGCGUGGGAACUGCCUUAAUUAAUUUAGCCCUUGGACUCAGACUUCAGAACAAGCACCAGUGUAUGCUACAAGGCUUAGCAUUCCUCUACAACGGUUUGCUGCUCUCUGAGAACAGCCAGGAAGCUAUAUAUAACAUAGCUCGGGCUUAUCAUCAUGUUGGUCUCGUUACCCUGGCCGCUUCAUAUUACGAAAAGGUACUUGCAAUUCAUGAGAAGGAUUACCCGAUCCCAAAGCUUCCGAAUGAGAAUCCAGAUCUUCUGAACAGUCAAAAGCCAGCUUAUUGUGACCUUCGUAGAGAAGCGGCUUACAAUCUGCAUUUGAUCUACAAAAACAGUGGAGCAUUUGAUCUUGCUAGGCAGGUCUUAAAGGAUCAUUGUGCUCUUUGAUUAUAAAUUCAAGAUACAUAAUAGAGUCAUGAAACAGUAUAUUUAUGUUGUAUGCACUCGUGUGACAAUAGUUGCCGAAUUUUGUACCCAAGUGAUGCUUUUUCUGGAAUAUCAUAUGUUUUUUCUUCA